CCGCCCCUGGACGCCGGGCUCCGCCCCGGAGCGGCAUGGAUCGCUACCGGUACUUCGUCUUCAACCAGCGCGCCAUGGUGGUGCUGGGGCUGCUGCAGGUGGCUUUCAGCACGGUGUGCGUCGUCAGCGGGUUUCUCGACGGCGCGUUCGGGGGCGAGUCCCCGCUGGGCCGAACCAGAGCGCCCGUAUGGGCCGGGAUGGUCAUGGGAGUCCCGGGCGUCCUGGCGCUGUUUUCCUCUCAGAGGAAGAACCCGGUGCUUGUUAACGUGCUGGUAGCGGCAUCUAUACUCUCUUGUGUGACCGUCCUCGUUGUCGUCGUUUACAGCUCCCUAACGCUGUCCCGUGGAGAAGAGGAGGAGCUGAGCUCUCACCCGGCGCACGUCGCACAGGCAAAGCUUGUUCUCAAUCAAGUUGUCAAGGGUGCUAACAUCGCAAUGUUAAUUGCAUCCAUCUGCAGCGCUGUUGCUGUGCUGGUCAUUGCCUACCUGGGGUGCCAAAGUCUUCCUCACUGCUCAUGCUACGACAGCGUCACCGGGAUGGAAUGGUUGCGGCCUUGCGAUGACCAGACUCAGGCCGUGGAAAUGGUUUGCGCUGUACAUAGUCCUGGAGAUGGAAUCCUUGACUUCCCGGAUCGGUUUCCGGUGCGGGACUGUGACGCAGAGGAAGAGGCAUCCAAGCCUCCGCCAUACAUCAGAAUGGCUUGACAAAGCGAUGGACCAUUCUAGAGCUGCUAGUCGAGAUGUACAGCAACAUGGAUGAAAGGAGUUAUUCCUAUUUAAAGUCAUUGUGCGUUUUUCCUGGGCCUGUGAAGAAACACGCACCAAAGGAGAGAACUGUCAAAGGCCCCAUGGUCAGCAAAGAUCCUGGCGCAAAUGGGAAGACCUGCAGAUAUUUGGGGACGUUCGGACUCUGUGUAGCUGAAAUAGCUCGUUGCCUCCGGGAAGUGUGAGCCUUUUUCUCCAGCUUUUGUACUUCAUUCAUGUUUUCUUCUGCUAGAAUCCAUCGUGCAAUUUGUCUAGCAGCGCUUGCCAUACACAUUCAAAUAUUAAACACACAUUAUUUUUAAAAGAAA